AUGAAUGAAUCAGCGCCGAUAAAAAAGUCUACAGCAAUAAUAUCAUUAGAACGUGAAAAUUCUGAUAAAUUACUUAAAGAGAAUAAAGUACUUAAACAAAAAGUCGAUGCACUAGAAAAAGAAAAUAAGUUAUUAAAAAAAUCCAUAUAUGAUUUAUCAGUGAAGUAUACAACGGUUGGUUAUCAUCAAAAAAUAGGGCAUUUUACAAUAUUUGAUCAGGAUGAACCAGUACAAGAUGGUGGGAAAGAAAUCAAGGAAAUAAAUUUGGAAAAUUCAACUGGUGGGUAA